GGCAGGGGACCCACAAAAUCCACGAGGAUUCAGGACAAAGGCUCCCCAAAGGCAGCUUUACCAUGGGAAUCCAAUCAGCAAGACUGUUGCUGAUAUGUUACCUUUUCCUAUCGGAGGUAGCUUUCACGGUGUUCUCCUUGGGCGAUUUGUUCUACCCAUUUGGUACCAGUAGUGGCGAUAUUACCAAUCUGGUCAGCGAUGAUGGAAGCUCCCCAAACAUAUCCAUCUCAACAUGGUUCCCAUUCUUUGAAAGAUCCUACAACUCCUUGUAUGUCAACAACAACGGUGUCAUCUCCUUUGUCGUGCCUGUGAGCCAGUACACAUCCACUGCAUUCCCACUACCGGACGGGCGCGCCUUCAUUGCCCCGUUCUGGGCAGAUGUGGACAAUAGGCUGGGUGGCAACGUCUACUACCGCGAGAGUACCGAGGAAGCGUUACUGCAACGGGCCACGGCGGACGUCCGCAAGUACUCACCCGGAAUCGAAUUUCAAGCUCGCUGGGUGUUUGUGGCUACUUGGGAUAACGUUACUUAUUAUGGCUCCCAGUCCUCCAAGGUGAACAGUUUCCAGGCGGUCCUGAUUACCGAUGGCUUACAAUCAUUUAUCAUCUUUAACUACGGGAAUAUUGAAUGGACUACCGGAACAGCGAGUGGCGGCAACGCGUCGACCGGACUUGGCGGGACCCCAGCACAGGCUGGCUUCAACAGCGGGGACUCCCUGAACUUUUUCUCGAUUCCUGGGUCCCACACGCCAGAGAUAAUCGAUAUCGAGACAACCAGCAACGUGGACGAACCUGGUCGAUGGGUCUUCAGGGCGGAUACAUUCAAAGCACUCGAGGGUUGUAUAGAUAAUGGAAUGUACAUUCGGGAAAACCAGACAGUAUGGGUCAAUGGAAGCUGCCAAACCAAAUGUAAAUGUUCCUCGGAAGGGUUGUUAACGUGUGUUUCUGAACCGUGCGGCGCGGCAGAGAUCUGCGUUCCUGCUCCACCGUUCCACGCCUGCCGCCCAGUCUCGAUGAAGACCUGCGACGUUUACGGAGACCCCCACUAUUACACCUUCGACCAGAGGGUCAUCCACUUCCAGGGGACGUGCACCUAUGUCCUGUCCGAGCUGUGUGAUGGACUGUCAGACUUGACCUACUACAGGGUGGAGGGAGCGAACGAGAACCGCGGGAGCGUGGCCGUAUCGUUCGUGAGACUCGUCCGUCUCCUGGUCUACGGAACUGAAGUUAUUAUGCUCAAGGGGACUACCAACUACGUCCUGGUGAACGGGACCCGGAGUUCCGUCCCGGUCUUCCUCGAGGAUGGCCGACUCCAAGUCCGGACCGCCGGGUUCACUAUGAGGGCGACAGCGGACUUCGGACUGACCGUGACCUACGAUGGCUCCCACCACGCCUCGAUCACCCUGCCAGGAUCCUAUCACGGAGCCGUCUGUGGGAUGUGCGGGAAUAUGAACGGGGACCCCUCCGACGACUUGCGCACGCGCAGCGGGAACCUUACGACCUCGCCGGGGAUAUUCGGGGCCAGUUGGAGGGUGGACGGCGAUGGCGGAGGGGACGUAUGCCGGGACUCCUGCACAGAUGGGUGCGGAGUCUGCACCGAGGCGGAACGCUACUCGUUGCCGUCCUCCUGCGGCCUCCUCCGAGCCCAGAACGGCCCCUUCCGACAUUGCCAUGCCGCUAUCGACCCUCAGGAUUUCGAGCAGAGCUGCGUCUAUGACCUGUGCGCCACCGGCGGCCUGGAGGCCAGCCUCUGCCAGGCUCUCUCCAGCUAUGCCGAGGCGUGCCGCUCUGCUGGGAUGAGGCCAGAGCCCUGGAGGACCGAGACAUUCUGCGGCAUCCGGUGUCCGGCCAACAGUCACUAUGAGGCGUGUGGGAAUGUGUGCGACCGGGAUUGUGUCUUCAAUUCCUCCACUUUACACUGCAACGAGUCGUGCUCGGAAGGGUGUUUCUGUGAUCCGGGAUACUUCCGCGACGGGAGCGAAUGCGUCCCCCGGGAUCGCUGCGGCUGUUUACAUCACGGUGUCUACAUGAAGUUGGGAGAGCGAAGGGUGUCUCCAGAGUGUGCAGAGGUGUGCCAGUGCUCCCAGGGAAGAAGAGUCCACUGCGUCCCCUUGGGCUGUAAGGCCGGGGAGGUGUGCACCAUCCGCGGGGGCAGGAGGGGCUGCUUCACCGCCCAGGCCCUCUGCACCGUCACAGGCGGAGGGGCCCAACUCCUCAGCUUCGACGGCCGACCGGCCCGCCUCCGGGGUCACUGCACCCACACGCUGGCCGAGGUGUGCUGCAAUGCCUCUGCCCCCUGGUUCCGAGUGACCGCGGAGAAGUGGCAGGAGGGCGAGAAGGCAGAGGGGAUCACUCGUGUCAGGGUCCAGCUGGUGGGCGCCGACUUCGUACUUGAGAGGGGAAGGCCUCCGACGAUGAAUGAAACACUCAUCUCUCUUCCUUUCAUCAUCCCCUCCGUCGCCAACCUAUCCAGUGUGGGUGAUGAUGUCAUAGCUGUCACAGCGUCCCAGCUGGAAGUGCGUUUCGACGGGGAGGGGAACAUCUUUGUGAGGGUGGGGCCGUCCUACGCCGGCUUCCUGCGUGGGAUGUGUGGCAACUGGAAUGACGAUCCUUCUGAUGACGAUCUGGAGCCUUCCAGAAACGGCAGCGAGCCCAGAUGUGAAGAUAACACCAACGUGACGGAACCUCGGUGCCCCCAGUCUCCCUCUUUUGAGUCCCAGUGCUCCAUCAUCCUCGACAUCGCGGGACCCUUCGCUGUUUGUCACUGUCGUCUGGACCCUGAGAACUAUUACAGGUCCUGUGUGUACGACCUGUGCCUCCAUGGCUCAAGUGGUGCACGGCUUUGCAGAGCCAUCACCUCUUACGAGAAAGGAUGCAUCCUCGAGGGAGUGCAUGUUCCCGCCUGGCGCAGUCCCAGAAUUUGCCGCGAAUUGUUCUACCCAUUUGGUACCAGUAGUGGCGAUAUCACCAAUCCGGUCAGCGAUGAUGGAAGCUCCCCAAACAUAUCCAUCUCAACAUGGUUCCCAUUCUUUGAAAGAUCCUACAACUCCUUGUAUGUCAACAACAACGGUGUCAUCUCCUUUGUCGUGCCUGUGAGCCAGUACACAUCUACUGCAUUCCCACUACCGGACGGGCGCGCCUUCAUUGCCCCGUUCUGGGCAGAUGUGGACAAUAGGCUGGGUGGCAACGUCUACUACCGCGAGAGUACCGAGGAAGCGUUACUGCAACGGGCCACGGCGGACGUCCGCAAGUACUCACCCGGAAUCGAAUUUCAAGCUCGCUGGGUGUUUGUGGCUACUUGGGAUAACGUUGCUUAUUAUGGCUCCCAGUCCUCCAAGGUGAACAGUUUCCAGGCGGUCCUGAUUACCGAUGGCUUACAAUCAUUUAUCAUCUUUAACUACGGGAAUAUUGAAUGGACCACCGGAGCAGCGAGCGGCGGCAACGCGUCGACCAGACUUGGCGGGACCCCAGCACAGGCUGGCUUCAACAGCGGGGACUCCCUGAACUUUUUCUCGAUUCCUGGGUCCCACACGCCAGAGAUAAUCGAUAUCGAGACAACCAGCAACGUGGACGAACCUGGUCGAUGGGUCUUCAGGGCGGAUACAUUCAAAGCACUCGAGGGUUGUAUAUAUAAUGGAAUGUACGUUCGGGAAAACGAGACAGUGUGGGUCAAUGGAAGCUGCCAAACCAAAUGUAAAUGUUCCUCGGAAGGGUUGUUAACGUGUGUUUCUGAACCGUGCGGCGCGGCAGAGAUCUGCGUUCCUGCUCCACCGUUCCACGCCUGCCGCCCAGUCUCGAUGAAGACCUGCGACGUUUACGGAGACCCCCACUAUUACACCUUCGACCAGAGGGUCAUCCACUUCCAGGGGACGUGCACCUAUGUCCUGUCCGAGCUGUGUGAUGGACUGUCUGACUUGACCUACUACAGGGUGGAGGGAGCGAACGAGAACCGCGGGAGCGUGGCCGUAUCGUUCGUGAGACUUGUCCGUCUCCUGGUCUACGGAACUGAAGUUAUUAUGCUCAAGGGGACUACCAACUACGUCCUGGCAUCCGGUGUCCGGCCAACAGUCACUAUGAGGCGUGUGGGAAUGUGUGCGACCGGGAUUGUGUCUUCAAUUCCUCCACUUUACACUGCAACGAGUCGUGCUCGGAAGGGUGUUUCUGUGAUCCGGGAUACUUCCGCGACGGGAGCGAAUGCGUCCCCCGGGAUCGCUGCGGCUGUUUACAUCACGGUGUCUACAUGA